CCCGCCUCGCUGCCCUCCCCGGCGGCAGCCCGGCCCAGGCGCGGGGCAAAGCGCGCCGCCGUCGCGCCGACGCACAGCCGCAGAGGGCCGGCUACACGCGGCGGCCCCGUCCCCCUGCCUCGGCCGAGCGGCGGCAGCGGCCGUGCGCCUGACGUGGCGCGCGGCGCAGGCUGAGGAAGUGGCAGCGGCUGUCGAGGGGGCGGCAGGCGCGGGCCCGGGCCGGAGGUGGGGCUCCGGGGAGUGUGGACGUGGUAACGGCGGCCCGGGACGGCUCUCCCCGCCCCCGCCGCCUUGCAGCCGAGCCCGAGGGAGCGUCGAGGGUACGGAGAGUGCCCCGGCGGAGGUGCGUUGCAGCGGCCGGAGGGGGUGCCCGGCUGCCGCGGGAAGCUCUCUCUUUUGCGUCUGCUUUUUAAAACCAUAAAAUGUCUGAAGUUAAGCAGAGGAAAAAAGGUGUUUCUUCAUCCAAGAUCAAUGAAGAUUCACCAAAGGCUGAGAAGCACGGUCACUGUGGGAAGCUGGCAAGUCCCAGGACUGGUGGUAAUCGGCAUUCCGUGUGGCUUGACUCAGGGAUGAGCUUGAGCAUCAUUUCCUUUGCAGUCUGCCUGCUGCUGACCUGGGUCCUAUUUCAGCAGUCAGGUCAAUUUGCCGACAUGGAAAAAAAGUACAGUUUCUUACAGCGAGAAGCUGAAAAAUUCCUGGAUGUGGAACACAAAGUUAACUUCAUUUCUGAAAAGUGUGAAAAGGCUUUGAACUUAAUGGAACAGCUGGAAGAUCUUCAAGUAACUUCUCACAUUAAACAUCUGCAGGAGGAUAUUUUUACAAUGAAAACAUGGUCUGACAGCCUAAUUAAAAAGCAAGAAAAACUGCAGAAGAAUUUAACAACCCUUUUUGAUGCAAUUUCAAGCAUUGACCAGAACACGGCUUCUGUAGCAAAAAAUGUGACGCUGACGAUCGUCACAGUGAAAACAGACAUAAGGCGCAUUUCGGGCUUGGUUUCAGAAGUGACUGCCCUGGCAGAAUCUUUGCAAGCACUGGAAGAUAAAGUAGAGAAAGGUGAAAAGAGAACAGUAAAAAAUAUAGGUGACCUGCUCACCAGUAGCAUUGACCGAAGUACCAAACUACAAAGCUUGGCAUCCAGUAAUGCCAGGAGAAUCGAGCUCCUGAGGACAGCACUGUCUGAGUUAAGGAGCAAUUUUAACAAGCAUGCGGAUAGACUUCUGAAUCUCGAGGGUGACAGAGCAAAGGUUCUGAAGACAGUUACAUUUGCAAACGAUUUAAAACCCAAGAUGUACAAAAUUAGAAAGGAUUUUGUCAUCUUGGAGCCCUUACUCAAUGACCUAACACUUAGAAUAGGAAGAUUAGUGGAGGAUGUAUUACGACGGGAGGAGGAAAUUGCUUUACUGAAUGAGAAAUUGGUCAAUCUGACACGAGUUCAAAUUGAGAUCAAAGAUAUAAAAGAUGAAAUAACCAAGACUUCAGGCAUGAAUUGAUCCCUGUGAAAUGCCACUGCCUAAAGAAUAAUAGUGUUUGAAGAGUGUUAACUCCAUCGUGUGUAGUGCUAAGGAGAGAGAGAGAGAGUAUUUAACUGUGUCCAGUUCUGGGCUCCCCAGCUCAAGAGGAACAGGGAACUUCUGGAGAGAGUCCAGCACAGGGCCACCAAGAUGAUCAGGGGACUAGAGCAUCUUCCUUAUGAGGAAAGGCUGCAGGAACUGAGGCUGUUUAGUCUAGAGGAGACUGGGGGGGGGGGGGAUUUUAUAUUUACAAAUAUCUAAAUGGUAGAUGUCAGGAUGUUGGGGCAUCACUUUUUUCUAUUGUAUCUAGUGACAGGACAACAGGUAAAAGAAAGAAGGUGGGACACAAAAAGUUCCACUUAAACUAUUUCACUGUUCAGGUGAGGGAGCCCUGACACAGGCUGCCCAGGGAGGGUGUGAAGUCGCCUUCCUUGGAGGUUUUCAAGAGCCACCUGGAUACGUUCCUGGGUGACCUGAUCUAGGGGGACCUACUUCUGCAGGGGGUUGGACUAGAUAAUGUCUUGUGAUUCUGUGUUUCUGUAAAGGCUUCAUUUAAGAAGCACAACAAAACAGAUUUGUCCUCUUUCUUUGAAAAGGACAGAAAAAAGUCAUGCUGAUUUCAAGGGACAAGUUACAAUGUGAACAAAAAACAGGUCUAUGUGCAGGUAUUUGUCUUUCUGAAGGAUGACAGAUGCUGUAUUUAUUAAAUUGCUUAUUUUGUACAAUAAAACAAUG